UUCGACAAACCUUUGUAAGACUGUGGCGAAAAAGAUCCUUCAUCGGACAGAAGAUACAAAUCUCCAUGCUCUCUUAGAAAGACAUCUAUCGCCUUAAAGUGAGCAACCUCAGGACUAGCGAUUUAUUUUAGAAUGCCAGCUUUUAAAGUCAUCGUCUUCUUUUUGGUUCUUUUGGCGAUGUGCAACGCUCGACGAUCCGAAUUCACGGAUGAGGACAGCGCUGUAAGUGAGCUCCAUCAGCGAGGAGACGCACUUGAUGAAACGAGGAAACAGCAAAACAGCGUGGAGGAGGAAACGUUAAACACAGAAGCUGAUGACAUACAGCAUCUUCCAGAAUCCCACAGCAAUAAAAGGAAAGACGAUUUUCCCGGAAUGUUGGAAAGAUCUACUGAGUAUCAAAACCAGGCGCAAAAAAUUGGCAACGAUUUACCGUUUGGUCCCGAGCAGGAGGAUGAAUCGGAAGAUCAUUAUCAAGACGAGAGUCCAUCGGUCUUUUCAGCACGGAACAAGGCGGAACGACGAGAAAUUAUUUACGGCCCUGGUCUUUGGGAUAGGGGAUUGGAUAACAGGCCCCCGGGUCUUUGGGGACGGGGAUUAAGUAACAAGCCCCCAGGUCUAUGGGGUAGAGGAUUGGAAAACCGUCCUCCGGGUCUGUGGGGGAGGGGAUUACAGAACCGUCCUCCAGGUCUUUGGGGACGUGAAGUUAGAGGAAGUUCAGCUCUAGGCCUUAGAAACGCAAAUAAACCCCCAGGACUCUGGGGUCGGGGAUUGCGAAGUAGUCCCUUAGGUCUUUGGGGACGGGAGCUCAAUAAUAAACCUCCUGGACUCUGGGGUAGGGGAUUGCAAAAUAGACCCCCGGGACUUUGGGGUCGGGAAAUUGAAAAAGUCUCUAAAGCAUCAAAAAGGGAACUAAUUGGCGUAAAAAGCACGGAAGAAGACGGAAAUGAAAGCAAAGAAGAUAUUCAAGAAUUGAAAUGAAGUGAUAUGUUUCUCUCGAAUGAAAAUUAUAAUCUGGGCAACGGUGACAACUGAACUUUAGAAUUUCGUUUCAUUAAGGUGUGAAUGAAAUGUUUUGUUUAAAUUAAAUCAAAGUUGUGUUUAAAACUAUCUAACGAACAAAAAUAAGCAGUCAAACAAGGCUAGUUCCUCAUCAUUUACAAACUGUAGUAUAGAAAAGCCGUCCCCACUCUUGUAGAAUCACAUUAGAUUCGGAGUUAUCUAUAAACUGUACAAAUUUCAGUCCAAGUACAAAUAAAUGACAACUUACACUAAUCUAA